AUGGCGGGCGGCGAUGAGGCGCAGUCGGCCGCCGCCGCCGAGAAGCCGUCUGAGAUGGAACUACUUCGGGGCAUGCUGCAGCAGCAAUUGGAGCUGGCUGCAGCGGCAGCGCGACGUGAGGAGCGGAUGGCCGCGCUGUUGGAGCGGGUGCUUCCCGGCCCGACGGCCGUGCAGGACGUCACGGCACCCGCCCAGGAGUUUGAGGCCUGGAAAGAUAAGUUCUCCGGCUACUGCCUCCUCACCGGCGUCCACGAUCUCACCGAGGCUGAGCAGCGGGCCGCCCUGCUCGCUGUUCUCGACGACGACUGGGCCCGCGUGGUCCGGUUUGGCCUGCCCAUCCCGGCCGAGGCGUCCAUGGCCGAUGUAAUCACCGCCAUGCACGCCCACCUUCGGCGGCAGUGGAACGUGGUGAUCGACCGCUGCGAGUUUAACAUGCGGAUGCUGGAGCCAGGCGAGUCAGUGGACGAUUUUAUCUGCGCCCUGAAGGAGAUAGCGUCCUGCUGUGAUUUUUGCCCGAACUGCACCGAUGAUAGGUUCCGAGACCAUCUGGUGGUGGGCACCAGUGAUGACGAGGCCAGACGCCGCAUGCUGGAACUGCCCGAUCUGACCUUCCAGAUGGCCGCCGACCUGUGCCGGGCGUCCGAGAGCGCCCGUCUCAACAGCUCGGCGAUCCGUGGCCCGGGCGAGCCGUCUCUGCGCCGGCUCUCCGAGUACCGGCGACAUCGCGGUCGGCCGAGCGGCGCGGACUCGCGCCCGGCCGACCAGACCCGGCGGUGUGACCGCUGCGGUGCCGCGCAGCACACGGACGGUCGUGCCUGCCCCGCCCUGGGUCGCACCUGCCACCGAUGCCACGAACGGGACCACUUUUCCUCGGUUUCGGUGCUGGCAGCGAAUGCAACCACGAGAGACACGGGGAACCGGCAGCAGUCAGCGCCGCCGGCAGCCCGGACGCCGGGCGCGCGCCUCAACAGUGUGACGGCCCACCGGUCGCCGCAGGUCCGGCUACAGCUGCACCUGCCAAACGGAGUCAGGCGGACGACCGUAUGGACGCCCGACACAGGCGCCGAGAUAUCAGCCCUCUCACUGCAACAAGCCGAGUCCAUGGGAGUGAGCAGAGCGGACCUCACGCCCUCCACGGCUGUGCUGUGGGCCGCCGACAGCCGCCGGCUGGACUGUGUGGGCACGUGCGCCCUCACCCUGCAGCUCGGUGACGUCAUACAGACCGUGCAGGUGUCCGUUCUGCGAGCACUGCACUCACCACUGCUGUCGUGGCACGAUUGUAUCGGCCUGGGAAGUCUACCGCGGCGGGCAGAUUUCGACAAAUUGAAAGCCGAGUUCCCGAGGGUCUUUGAUACGGAGUCGACCCUGCGGAAGAUGACGGGGGAGCCGGUGAAGAUCGAGCUGACGGACGACGCCGUCCCUCACGCUGUGACCACCGCCCGGAAUAUCCCGUUCUGUUGGCGAGAGGACGUGCGACUGCAGCUCGACGAGCUGAUGGAAAAGGACAUCAUCGAGCCGGUGGAGCACCCCACAGACUGGUGUCAUCCGAUCGUUCCUGUGGCCAAGGGGUCGUCAGACGGCACAGUGUCCGGCUGUCGGCUGACCGUGGACUUCACGAAACUGAACCGGUUCGUGAAGCGACCGACGUACCCGGUCCGCUCGCCUCAAGACGCACUCGCCUUCGUCUCACCCGGCGCUGCGUACUUCACCAAGCUGGACAGCAAGGCGGGGUACCACCAGGUCCCCAUCCGGCCAGAAGACAGAGACCUGACGUGUUUUAUCACGCCGUGGGGCCGCUACCGGUACCUGAGGGCUCCAAUGGGAAUCGUCAGCUCUGGCGACGUGUACAACCAGCGCGGUGACGCCGCGCUCGGCGACAUCCCGCGCACGUGUAAGGUCGUGGACGACGUCCUGGCCUAUGACGCUGACUACGCCGCCCACCUGCAGCACGUGCGGCAGAUUCUGCUGAGGUGUGACCAGCACGGUAUCACACUCAACCCGGACAAAUGUCAGUUCGCGGAAGACGAGGUCGAAUUCUGCGACUUUCGCAUCAAUUCGGCUGGCUAUACCGCCGACGGCAAGAAAGUCCGUGCCAUCCAGGCCUUCCCCAGGCCGGGCAACAUCACCGACCUACGGUCGUUCCUCGGCCUGGUGACCCAGCUCGGCGCCUUCUCCCCAGAGGUCGCCGCCGCCGCCUAG